UGGGCGCGUGCGCGGCGCGCGCGGUGCAUUGUGGGCGCGGCCGCGGCAGGAAGAUGGCGGACCUGGCGAACGAAGAAAAACCUGCCAUUGCUCCACCUGUCUUUGUAUUUCAGAAGGAUAAAGCACAGAAGUCCCCUGCAGAGCAAAAAGCUUUGUCGGAUUCAGGCGAGGACCCCCAGGGAGAGGUUGAGCCCCUCCACCAUGGUGUGGGUCAUACAGAACCAGCUGGUGAGCGCGACUCUGAGCACCCUGCUCCCACUGUGGCCUCAGUCAGUGCUACCCUGAGUCCCGCUUCUGAAGCCCAGCUUGCUCCUAUUCAACUGGCAGGGAGAUCAGCAGAUGGAUCAAGUCCAGAAGAUGGAGAUGAAUCUGAUCGAGAGGAUGGAAGCUACUGUCCCCCUGUAAAACGGGAGAGGACUUCAUCCUUAACUCAGUUCCCUCCUCAGUCAGUAACAAAGAACAAUGUCUUUAUGCCAUCAAGCUUCUGUGAACCCUCUACAGGCAAUUCUGACUCAGAACCAGAGGAAAAGAGCAGUGGAUUCCGGCUGAAGCCACCAAUACUUAUCCAUGGUCAGGCACCUAGUGCAGGUCUCCCUAGCCAGAAACCGAAGGAACAGCAGCGAAGUGUGCUCCGUCCAGCAGUAUUACAGGCACCACAGCCAAAAGCUUUCUCACAAAUGGUUCUCAGCAGUGGCACUAAUGGUGUAAAUAUCUCACCAGAUUCUGCAGCCACAUCAGAAUUACCAAGUGAUGCAACACUGAAAAGUUCUGACUCUGAAGAGAAGGCAGAAGAAUGUCAGAAAAAGGAGUCCAACAAUACUUCAGAUAACAGCUGUGAGAAGGCUGAACUAAAUGCACAGCAAGCAUUUGUAUUUGGGCAAAACUUAAGAGACAGAGUUAAGCUAGGAGACGAAGGUGAUGAAACUGCUGAUGUGCAGAAUGCUGGCCUUCCUACAUCAGAUACACCUUCUGCAACUAACUAUUUUCUACAGUACAUCAGUUCCAGUGUAGAGAGCUCUACAAACAGUGCAGAUGCAUCUAGCAACAAGUUUGUUUUUGGACAGAACAUGAGUGAGCGAGUCCUAAGUCCACCAAAAUCAAAUGAAGGUAGUACAGAGAGUAAUAAGGAGAAUGCUGCUACAGAGUCUGGGUCUGAAUCAUCUUCUCAGGAGGCUACGCCAGAGAAAGCUAAUAAUAUUUCAGAAUCACUGGCAGAGUCUGCAGCAGCCUAUACUAAAGCAACAGCAAGGAAGUGUUUAUUAGCGAAGGUAGAAGUGAUUACUGGGGAGGAAGCUGAAAGUAACGUGUUACAGAUUCAGUGCAAGCUGUUUGUAUUUGAUAAAAGCUCUCAGUCUUGGGUGGAAAGAGGUCGAGGACUCCUGAGACUCAAUGAUAUGGCCUCAACAGAUGAUGGAACGUUACAGUCUCGACUGGUGAUGAGGACUCAGGGGAGUCUCAGGUUAAUCUUAAAUACCAAGCUCUGGGCUCAGAUGCAGAUUGAUAAAGCCAGUGAGAAGAGUAUCCGGAUCACUGCCAUGGAUACAGAGGACCAAGGAGUUAAAGUUUUUCUUAUAUCAGCGAGCUCUAAAGAUACAGGGCAGUUGUUUGCUGCUUUGCACCAUCGCAUCUUGGCCUUGCGGAGUAGAGUGGAACAAGAGCAAGAAGUUAAGAAUGUAGCACCUGAGCCAGAGGUAACACAGUCAAAUGAGGAAGACAGUGAUGAUGAUGUCAUUGCACCUUCAGGAUCAGUUGGAAGUGGUCCCAAUGAUGAAGGUGAUGGGCAGAACGUUGGCAGCACAUAGCAGAUGUGAGCCAAUCUGCUUGCAAGGCUGCUAUGAACACCAUCUUGCAGGCAUCUCUGGGCACCCCAGGCCAGCGAUUAUUUCAGGCAGUGUCGAAGGCUCCAGGACUUAAGAACUGUGCAUCCCUGUUCUGUUUGUUUGAUUUUUUGGUCUGGAUCAGUAGAUUCCACACAAAGAAAAGCAGACUUGGAAACUACCUGAAUGUGGUUUGGGACGUUGAAAGCUCAUCAUAUUGAUGAGCAAAAAAACAAAAGCAAACAAAAAAAAACACAACACAAAAAACCCCAACCCCAGAACAAAACAAAAAAAUCCCCCAGCCAUCCCCAAGCAUUUCCCCUCUUCCUUGUAAUUGAAAUGGCACAUUACAGCUUGUCACAGCUUUUCAUUGGGACCUUUUGACUGUUUCUUCAGUAGUUCGUGUCUUGCAGGCCUCCGAGAUUAGAACUUUUCGAUGCGGUUCCAACUCGAAUUCUGCUUUUGUAACCUCUACUCCCCCUUAUGCAGGGAAACCGUGUCUUCACCAAUUCCUAUGCUCACUGGCUGCCCUUUUGGGUUUCUUCUCCUUUUGGACUGCAGAUGGGGCAGGUUAUGUUUUUAUCUUUUAUUCCCAACAUAGGUUGUGGACACCAUUGUUCCCUGUCUAGUGGGUUUGUAAACGGAGAGAAACAAAACAUUGUGGUUCACCAGAAAAGCUUUUUUAAUGCAGUAAUAAGAGACUUUAAAGCCCACAGGAUGUUUUGCUAACUCCUUUCUUUCUUCCCAUUUCAUUAUUAUUAUUUGGGGAUUUAUAUUGUGGUGAUACUUUUUUUAUUUUAGUUUUUCAAUAAGAUGCUCUUGUGUGUUGAAAAAGUGAAACUAUUGUUUUGUACUGUUCUAUUUAAGGGAGAGCUAAGCCACUAUAAAUAAUAGAUGUUGCAUACAAUUUUUCUUAGAAAAUUAUGUUUCUGUGGCUACAGUAAAGUCUAGGAGGCAUACAGGUUACACCUUCAGAAAAGUUGAUGAGGAAAUAGCUGUUAGCCCUUGGAAGAAUAAAAUAGGCUCAUGUAAUGAGCUCCACCAACUAUUAAAAUAAAUUGUAUAACAAAGCAACUCUCAUUUAAUGGCUUGAUUCAACAAGCCAUUUAAGCACUUGCCUGACUUAACUACAUGUGAGUAAUCUUACUGAAGUCAAUGCAACUCUUCAUGCUUAAAGUUGAGGACAUUUUUAAAUAUCUUGCUGAAUUAAUGGCCUUAAAUAGAAAAUAUAACUUCUAACCCUUCCUGUCCCUGUUCUGUUUUCUUUUUCCCUGUUCAGUCUUGCAGCAUGAAGAGAAAGGUAAUACUGCCAGCCUUGAGUAGUUUGGGCUGAAGGUUAUUGUAUUCUGUUCCACCAAAAUAAAAGCAAGAAUGUGUUUUCCUGUGUGUAAUUCUGAAGUACUCCUACUGUAACCAUAACUUUUUUUUGUUUAGUUUUUUUUUUUUUAAUCUGUUGAGCCUUUUGUGUGAAAGUUGAGUUUUAUUUUGUUAUUAAAACAUACAGAAUGUUCUUGUCCAGCAAACUUGGUAGUCACCAAUGACAGUGACCAGGUCACUUUCAUUAUAAAUUCCCCAAAUUGUUCUAUUUCCUUUAUAAAUAGUUUACUGGUAGAUAAUUUCUCACUUGCAUGCUUGUUCUUCUGUAGGUUAAGGAGAUCUAAAAUGCACCACUUAAAUGCUUCUUCCCUUUCAUUUUCUUUUAAUGUAACAUGAAUUGAAAAUGGAAUCUCAGGUUAUAGCACAAAAUCAACUUUGAAAUUGAAUAUUCAAAUAGCAAAACAGUCCUUAUUGCCUCUGUUUUAAUGAAACAUACGCAGUCAAACCCAAGUUUUUUCCUUUUAUUUGUUGUUAACCAUCAUUGGAGACUGAUGCUGUUGGAGCAGCGAGUGCUUUGCUUUUCCUGAUAGCCAGUUGAAAGGAAAACCUUGGAUUACUUUUCUGGGAAGUGAAAAGGGCUAAUGAUAAAGCUGUGCCACUGCAUCUGUGUUAUCUUUGGAUUUGUCUGCUCAUACCUUCUUGCAUUUUGGUUUUUUUUUUCUCCUUAGAAUUAUGGGGGGUUUUAACAAUGCACAGAUGUGUUGCUGCACCCUGUACCCGUGCCAUGCUCUUACAGGAGCGUGGCACAUUCUUCAGUACCCACCACACAACUGUUUCUGCAUCACAAGGUGUGGGGGCCUUCUGUACUUUCAAGUGAGUGAUCUGCAUUUUGGAUCUGGGAUCUUUUUACAUUAUUAAGGUACUCAGAUUAAAACUACUCUUUUCAAACACCCUUGAACCAUAAAGCUGCUUCUUGUCAGCAGGUUGUUUUUCAUAAAGAAAAUGAAUAAGGUGUCUUGGUGAACAGGUCUGCCUGUGGGGAAAACAGGCGUUGUUUCCUGGUCCCAGACUUCAUGGGGUCUAUGCUGAGUCUCACUUUGAGGUGUUUUACCUAAAAUGCAGUUGAUGGUGCAUGAAGAUUCAAAAAAAUGAAAUAAGCAUGCUUGCUUUGAUGAGCUUUGGUGGUACAUGAUCACCUAGAGCAUUCUAAAAACAUCAGCAACUAUUUACUGAUGCAGAUCUCAUUUUAGCUAGAAGCUUUGCAUAAAUGUUUAUAGUGAAGAGGGAAAUGUUACUGUGCACCCCUGACAGAAUUGGCUGUGAGUUGAGUUCAGGCCCUGCCCAGCAAGAUGUAGUUAGGCCAAAGCAAAACCCUGACUUAGCUCUCUGCUUUAAGGCUUAGUAAACCAGUGACAGGCAAAAAUAGAUAAUGACCAUGUGUUUCAAAAGAUCUAUAUAAGACUGUCAUCCAAAUGUACAUUGGAACUACGUUAAACCUGUGCCAGCAAGCAAACAAAACCCCCGAGCCCUGCGUUGUGUUUCCUGUCCCAGGCAGUGGCUGUGCAAGAGAGGGUGGUGACUAGCUCUGCUGCCUUGCAGCAAUCUUCCCCUUGACCACACUCCUGCUCUCUUUCCCCUGAGGUGUGUUGUUAACUUACGGAUGAUGUUGGCAAUUCUUGCGUAGCCUGUUCUGGCUGCUGACCCACAUGGGCACAGCCUUCCAGGUUUUCCCAGGGGAAAAAAGAUACUGGAGAGUGUAAUAAAGCCCAUUUGGUGCUGAGUCAACAGUGUGCUCUGGAAGCCAGGAGGGCCAGCUGUUCCUGGGGGGCAUCAGGCACAGACAGCAUUGCCACCAGUCCAGGGAGGGGAUUGUCCUGCUCUGCACUGAGGCAGCCUCACCUUGAGGACUGUGCAGGUUUGGGCACCACAGUGUAAGGGAGACAUGAAGCCCUUAGAGACUGUCCAGAGGAGGGCAGUGAGGAUGGUGAAGGGACUGGAGGGGAAGCCUUAUGAGGAGUUGCUUAGAUCACUUGUUUUGUUCAGCCUGGAGGAGGCUGAGGGGAGGCCUCAUUGGGGUCUUCAGCAUCCUCCUGAGGGGAAGUGGAGAGGCAGGUACCGAUCUCUUCACUCUCGUGACCAGUGACAAGGGCCCGAGGGAACAGCUGGAGCUGAGUCAGAGGAGGUUUAGGUUGGAUUUCAGGAAAAGGUUUUUCACCCAGAGCGUGGCUGAGCACUGGAAGAGGCUGCCCAGGGAAGUGAUCACGGCACCAAGGCUGUCUGAGUUCAAGAAGCAAUUCUCUCAGUCACGUGGUGGGAUUGUUGGGGUGUCCUGCACAGCACCAGGAGUUGGACUUGGUCAUCCUGAUGGGUCCCUUCCAACUCAGCAUAUUCUGUGAGUCUAUGAAAAUGUUGCUAGGGUGGUGGUGUCACUGAAGCCAGAAGUAAACCUCUUAUCUAUAAAAUGAUACCCUCAGGAAAUAUAAACAUUAAGGUAAGAAAAUGUGUAAUUACAACAUUUUUCUGUUUUCCAGUUUCCAGUGCAUCAUGCACUGCUUCAGAGAAGACAGGGCAGGGAAUGAUCUAAAUAAAUGAGUCCUCAGCCACCCUCCACUGGAACCAAGCUGGGAGGUGACCAGACUGUUAGAAGCCUGCAGGAAUUAAAAAAAAACUCUUCAACUUUGUAAUGGAUUCUCCCUGUUCCCAGUCACUGAGAUAUCAGUUGAUUCUAUUGCUUGGGCAUUCCUGCUAUUAAAUGACUGUUCCUAACAUGUCCCAUUCUGCAGUUCAACUGGCCUCUUGCUCUCCCCCAGUGAGUGUAGAAAAUGGUUUAUUUCCUUUCUAGAAACAUGUUACAUAUUUGAAAAUUUUACCAUGUUUCCCCAUAAACUUCUCUAGUUUUAGGAAUUCCAGUUAUGAUAAUUGCCAUAAUUUGUCAUACAAGAUUUCAUUAAACUGACUUUUCACUGUGUGCUUUUUCUCCCCUUGUUAUUUGGUCUUUCUGUGCACUGACUUGCUUAAACUGAACUCCAGUCCAUUGUGUGGAUAGCAGAGAAAUUCAGACAGGAACUUAGAAAGAUAUUUUAAUUUUACAGGUAUUUUUUCCCUCCUGUGAAAUCAGCUCAGAGCAACACAGGUGCAAGAGAGAGAAUUGCUAAACUAGACUGUUAAAAUCAGUCUUGAUUGUUCUCUGCUAGGUGAUGGUACAGGUAUCUUGUAAAGAAAUGCUCACAGACAAUUUCUGUAAAUAAAAAUCUCAUUCAAAUAUAGAAUUCAGAGCUCCCUUUUGACUACCUCCUUUCCAGGACACUCCAUUUUGUAAAAAUACAAAAGUGUAAUUUGUCACUGAGAACACUCGUAAUUCUGUUGCAGGGAAUGGGCACUGAAUGCCUUUUGCAAGGAUAUCUGUGGGAUGUAUUUAAAAUGAACCACUCCUGAUCAAAUUUAGUAGCUUUUCUUUAGCUUCUAAUGAAGCCUUGGAAAAGCUGCUCGGUGUGAUGUGUUCCAGAGACCAGGAGGUGUCAUCGAGCCCCUGCUGCAGGAUGUGUGCUGUGGUAACACAUACCUGAACAUCUGUGUACUGACUGUACAUAAAAGCUUUUUCUCUUGUCCUCUGAAAAGCAGCUCCCUGUCUGUUGCCCAUUUAGCAGACAAAAUAAAUUCAGAUUCUGGAGAGUUCAGACCACUUCAUCUGCAGAUAGAACAUCUAUUGGACAAGGCCCUAUAAAAAGCUUCCCAGAGGGGAGAAUGGGGAAAUGUUUUGAAUGUGUUUUGCUGCUGGAUGGUUCUGCCAUUUCUAAAAAGGUUUCAGAGGCAGAAGGAAUCCGGGUUAUUUGUAGCUUCUAGUAGCAUUGCAAGCCGCUCCCCUUUUUAAGGGAACUAAUACUCUAUAGCAGCAAACUGGUUUGUCUGUGGUUUAAAUAUUUGGAGCCAAGCUCGAUGUUUUAAGAGUAAUGUUACAAUAAUUAUAUGUUGCUUUCCCUGGAACUUGCCUGUUUAUAGUAAGGUAGCUGUUCUGUCAUACUGUAACAGUUUUCUGAUGAGCUGUCACUGCCUUAGGAGGGUCUUGCAGCCUGAGGAUAGAUAUCUGCUGGAUAACUCCUAGCUGCCGUGUGCCUGUCCCCAGGGUUAGCUGCAGUCCAUCCGUGAGGCAAGUGAAGAGCUGCACAAAACUGCACGCUGAGUCUUGCACUACAGGCAUUGUACCUGCUGCUAAGGAGGAGAGAUGUGAAUUGUCAGUCCCACCUCCCUUGUCUUGUGGAAGAAGCAAUACAAAUCUGCCUAGGGAUACAGACUCAGACGAGCUUUUAACAGCUGCUUGGAGCCCAGGAUGCUCUUUGUUACUUAAUGGCGAAAAGUCUUACCCUGUGCAGGAUUUGGUGGAUUCCAUGUAUUUAUAUUGGGGAAAGAGCAUUUGCAGUAUGUGCUGCCCUGGAGCUGAGGGUUUUCUCAUCCUGCUGUCUGGAAAGGUAACAAAUUCCUUUGUCUUAAGUGCUUAGAAAAGGCUUUGCAGGAGGGGCAAAGCUGCUCUAAAACCUGAUUCCUUUAGUAAACCGCCGGUCAGUGCCUGAUGGUGGCAUUGGUUCUGUGUGGAAGAACAGUUACCUCUCCAGCACGCAGAGGAAGCAGUGCCAGAUCCAAGGGACUGUCUCCGCAUCCCACACCACCUCCUGGCGCUGAAACAGCCCCGGACCGGAGGUGACUUGCCUGCCGUGCUGAGAGCACAGCCCAGAACAUCCACGGUGUGACACAGCCCGGCCCAGCCACCGAACCGCGGCUGUUCCUUCUCCCGUCCCUGCUGCCAGGGCUCCUGAACUCCCUCAGCUGCCGGCCGGACCCAGCGCUGUCACGGCAGGAAGAGGAGCGUUUGCAAGUGCUGGUAACAAACAGCUGUUCCUUGUGAUAAAUUGGGGCAGUAGCAUCCAACUCCAGCUGUUUUGAGCUCCUGUCCCAGAGAAGAGGUGUUGUGGGGGACUCAACAUGUUGGGAAAUGCAGAAAUCAAACAUUUAAUAUACUUUUAACUUACAGGGGAAGAGAAAUAGGCAGGUGAGAGAAAGCUUGAGAUAACAUCGAGACAGUUGUAGACUUCUUCACUCAGCUGUUGGAACUGGAGCUAUUUCAAGGGUUGGGAAGAGCUUUGCUUGAAGGCAUGUCACUGAGAAGGCAGAGUGUUAUGUUUUUAUUAGCAAACUGUGAACAGCUGGAAAAAUAAAUGCAUAAAAGCAUCGGAA